GUCGUCUUCACCGUCACGGGCCGGCGCCACUUCCUGGAUUCAUUCAUUCGUUUUUUUCAUUCACGAAGGUAGUAAGGCCUAGUUGAAAGCCAUGGAGAGCUGUCUUCCUGCCGCCGGCUUCCUGUACUGGGUGGGCGCAGGCACCGUGGCCUACCUGGCCCUGCGCAUCUCGUGCUGGCUCUUCACGGCCCUCCGGGUCUGGGGCUUGAGUCACGAGGUGGGGGUCGGACCCGGGCUCGGAGAAUGGGCAGUUGUCACAGGUAGUACUGAUGGAAUUGGAAAAUCAUACGCAGAAGAGUUAGCAAAACAUGGAAUGAAGAUUGUCCUUAUCAGCAGAUCACAAGAUAAACUGAAUCAAGUUUCCAGUGAGAUAAGAGAAAAAUUCAAAGUGGAAACAAUGACCAUCGCUGUUGACUUUGCAUCUGAAGAUAUUUAUGAUAAAAUUAAAACAAGCCUGGCAGGCCUGAAAAUUGGUGUUUUAGUGAACAAUGUGGGAAUGUCAUAUGGGUAUCCUGAAUACUUUCUGGACGUUCCUGACUUGGACAGUACUAUCAAGAAACUGAUAAAUGUGAAUGUUCUUUCUGUUUGUAAGAUGACACGAUUGGUGCUGCCUGGCAUGGUGGAAAGAUCUAAAGGGGCAAUUCUGAACAUCUCCUCUGCCAGCGGCUUGGUCCCUGUUCCACUGUUGGCCAUUUACUCUGCAACCAAGGCUUUUGUGGAUUUCUUCUCUCAGUGCCUCCAUGAGGAAUACAGGAGCAAGGGCAUCUUUGUGCAGAGUGUCCUGCCCUUCUAUGUGGCUACGAAGCUGUCUAAGGUCCGAAAGCCCACCCUGGAUACGCCCUCUGCAGAAACCUACGUGAAGUCUGCACUGCAAACGGUGGGCUUGCAGUCCCGGACCACUGGGUACCUGAUCCAUUCUCUUAUGGGCUCGAUAAUUUCAGCCAUGCCUACCUGGCUGUAUUUUAAAAUAAUCAUGAACAUGGGCAAAUCUACGCGGGCUCGCUAUCUGAAGAAAGCCAAGAAGAACUAAGCAUCGAAGUGCCUGAGUAGCUUGGCCGGGUGCGCCAAUCUACCCAGCUUUGCGGCAAGGCACCCACCCCUCUCCAAAACCUGCGGUUGUCUUUUUAUCAGUUACUAAUAAGGCUACAUGUUGUCGUCAUUGGGGGGAAAGCAGACGUUUGUUUCAGGAAAUCCAGACGUAUAGUCUGGAUACUACCAGGAGUUAUUUUGAAGUUUAGUAUAAAUGCUCUUAUCAAAUGGACCUAGAACUAAUACUAGCAAGAACAGUGUAAUGGGAAGGAACACGAUCGUAGCAAAACACAGAACGACAGAGACAGACAUAACGCUAAUCCAGCGGUUUCAUCUGGCCCAGGAUGCCAACGAUGAUGUUUCUUGUAUUUUCUCUGAAAGGUGCUUUAGAAAGUAUGGCCAAAAAAGUACUUCUUUUUUUUUUUUUUUGAACACUUUGGGGGAGUGGAGAUGAAUUGAUUCACUUAUGAGAGGACACACUGCAAUAUGCAUCGCUAUGAGCUUUUCUAAAAGGGCGUCCCAGUUUGUGCAUUUAUGUGGAACUUUUUGUGCUCAAAGGUGGCUGGUGACAGAAAAGUAAUACAUGAAAUAUGGAGUUCUUUUUGACACGUGAAGCCUGCUAAGAUAUGCUUUCCUCUAAUACGUAUUUCUUCUCAGUUUAAAUAAACGUAAAUACUGAAGCCUAUAUGGUGUGAUUUAUAAAGGUAAAUGGACCAGGAAGUACAUGAAGAUGGGCAGCUGCCUAUGGGGUCACUAAACCUCUGCCCCAGGAAAGUGACUGACUUGGUCCCCCGCCUCUAGUUUCUGCGCUGCACUGAUAACAGCUCACACAUGGGACCACAGGCUAUUGCUACCACAGUAAUGAUAACGGAGAAGUCGCCUUAUGCUUUUAACUUGAUACCCUAUUGAUAACAAUAUGACUAGUUUUAAUAAAACGUGGUAUAACCAUGGUGUCGA